UGAACCGAAUUGAUUUCUCCGCUGCGGAGCAGACAGCAAGCACUAGUUAGUCAGAUUUAGCUGCUGGUUUGAGGAGCUUGUCUUUGGGAAUAUGCAGAUGGAACUUGAAGUGCAUCUCCAAAUCUUAUUAGCUGUUGGCCUGGCCGUUCUCUGUUUCUGCCUGCUGAUUGGCUGCAUCGUCUGCUGCUGGCAUCAGAAGUCCCGCCCCCUGGAUGACAAAGAGGCGGGGCUUUCCCUACCCCCUCUACCUGCAGAUCAUGUGACGGUGACUCUAAGCCCCUCCCCUUCCAUCAACACUCUGCCAAUCAAACAGCAGUACGAAGAGCUGGAUGGAGACGUUCUGGACUGUCCCUCAUUUAACAGCAGCUCGACGCCGUCUGAAGACGGUCUUUCUUUACCAUCUCAUCCUCCGAAGUCUCGUUUCAAUCUACGGCGGCUCAGCUCCCCCGCCUUUCCCUACAAAUCCUCUAAACCUGUCCGUAGUUGUUCCUCGCUCCCAAGCAUUCCUAAACUCAGCCUGGUUGGGAAGUCACGCCGGGCGAUUGAUCGUAAAAGCAGUGAUAAUGUAUCGUUUUCGGAAAGCAGCAAGCUUAACGCAGACAGCAGCCGAUAUUACGGCUCUGGCUCUCACAAAGCCACACCUUCCCUUCACUUCACCCUUCUUUUCUCACCAGCUGAGGGCAAACUCACCGUCACCGUUCUGGGUCUCUACCAAGGCUCUAGGAAACUAAGUGGGACUACGGUGAGGGCUUGUCUGUCUCCGAUCUGCCUCGCACCAGUUUUGGGCGGCCCAAAGCGCAGACACAGCCUCGGUCUGGAGGCUCCGGCGCAGGUCUUCCAGCUGCAGGUGAGGUCAGCAGAAGAGCUCCAGUCCUGUACCCUCAGACUGACCGUGUCCAGCAGGGACUUCUCUGGUCUGAGGGAGACGGCUUUGGGUGAACUCGAACUUCCAUGUGCUGGAAUCCAUUGGGAACCCGAUUGCACUGUCACCUUUAAUCGGCAGCUCAAUCCUGCGAGGAGGAGGCUGAGGAAGAGUCAGAGUUCCCAGGAUGCAUUGGGGGACAUCAGGGCUUCUGUUUGUCCGGUGCGGUUUCUGGGUCAGAUCCUGAUUCUGCUGCAGUAUCAGACGCUGGCGCAUCGUAUGAAGGUGAUGGUGAGGAAAGCUGAGAACCUGCCCAAACUCACCAGGAUGCCUGGCACUCCAGAAAUCGGGAACAAGUGCAGAGACGUUGUGUUCGCUGUGUGA